AGGGCCCGCGGGCCGGAGCAGUCUUCCGCCGCCAGCAUGUUCGGCCGCUCCCGCAGCUGGGUGGGCGGCGGGCACGGGAAGGCCGCCCGCAGCAUCCAUUCCUUGGACCACCUCAAGUACAUGUAUCAUAUUUUGACUAAAAAUACAACAGUAACAGAUCACAACCGCAACCUGCUGGUGGAGACUAUUCGUUCCAUAACAGAGAUCCUGAUUUGGGGGGAUCAGAAUGACAGCUCAGUGUUUGACUUUUUCUUGGAGAAGAAUAUGUUUGUGUUCUUCCUGAACAUCCUGCGUCAGAAGUCUGGUCGUUAUGUGUGUGUGCAGCUGCUGCAGACUCUGAACAUCCUUUUUGAGAACAUCAGCCAUGAAACGUCCCUGUACUACCUGCUCUCUAAUAACUAUGUGAAUUCUAUUAUUGUCCACAAAUUUGACUUUUCUGAUGAGGAGAUCAUGGCAUAUUACAUAUCAUUUUUGAAAACUCUUUCCCUGAAGCUCAAUAAUCAUACUGUACAUUUCUUUUAUAAUGAGCACACUAAUGACUUUGCUUUGUACACUGAAGCUAUUAAAUUUUUUAACCACCCCGAAAGCAUGGUCAGGAUUGCUGUUAGGACUAUAACUUUAAAUGUCUACAAAGUGUCAUUGGACAACCAGCCUAUGCUGCAUUACAUUCGAGAUAAAACUGCAGUUCCUUAUUUCUCCAACCUCGUCUGGUUUAUUGGCAGCCACGUGAUAGAGCUGGAUAACUGCGUGCAGACUGAUGAAGAGCACAGAAAUAGGGGCAAACUGAGUGACCUGGUAGCAGAACACCUUGAUCAUUUGCAUUACCUUAAUGAUAUCCUUAUCAUUAACUGCGAAUUUUUAAAUGAUGUGCUGACAGACCACCUACUUAAUAGGCUCUUUCUUCCCCUCUACGUGUAUUCAUUAGUAAAUCAAGACAAGGGUGGAGAGCGUCCAAAAAUAAGUCUCCAGGUUUCUCUGUAUCUUCUUUCUCAAGUUUUUCUGAUUAUACAUUAUGCUCCCUUGGUGAACUCCUUGGCUGAGGUUAUACUCAAUGGGGACCUCUCAGUGUUUUCUUCUAAGGUUGAGCAAGAUAUACAGAAAAACUCAGCAAAGUCAAGUAUCAGGUGUUUCAUAAAACCCACAGAAACACUUGAGAGAUCUCUUGAGAUUAACAAGCAGAAAGGGAAGAAGAGGAUACAGAAAAGACCCAACUAUAAAAAUGUUGGUGAAGAAGACGAAGAGGAGAGAGGAUCUGAAGAUAACCAAGAUGACCUUGAUAAAAGCAAAGGUACAGAAGCAAGUUCAAAGGGUGUAAGAACAAGCACUGAAAAUGAAGAAAUAGAGAUGGUAAUCAUGGAGAGAUGUAAGCUGUCAGAGUUGUCUAUCUCUGCUGUCACAGAACAGAAUACAACAGAUGAAGAAAAAAGUGCAGCUGCUUCGGGGAGUGAGAUAACAAACUGGAACAGGCCUUUUCUUGAUAUGGUCUAUAAUGCACUGGACUGUCCUGAAGAUGAUUACUAUGCCCUCUUUGUGCUCUGUCUUUUAUAUGCAAUGUCACACAACAAAGGACUUGACUCAGUCAAGCUGGAGAGAAUUCAACUUCCAGCUCAGCAUGCUGCUGAAGAGAGAAAUUCGUAUAAUCAUGUCCUUGCAGAAGGGCUCAUCAGGAUAAUGAAUUAUGCUGCACAACCAGAUGGAAAAAUUCGUUUGGCAACACUAGAGCUUGGCUGCCUGUUGCUGAAGCAGCUUGUGUUUUCCAAAAAUGGCAGGAUCAUAAAAAGUGUUCACCUUGAUUGUCUUGAGGGUGCAAGGGAGGAAAGUGUUCAUCUCCUUCGUCGUUUCUAUAAGGGAGAAGAAAUCUUUCUGGAUAUGUUUGAAGAUGAAUACCGGAGUAUGACAAUGAAACCUAUGAAUGUAGAAUACUUGAUGAUGGAUGCCUCGAUCUUGCUACCCCCAACGGGGACACCACUGACUGGGAUUGAUUUUGUGAAAAGGUUGCCUUGUGGAGAUGUGGAAAGAACACGAAGAGCAAUCAGAGUUUUCUUUAUGCUCCGUUCACUGUCACUGGACUUGCAAGGUGAGCUGGAAACUCAGUUACCACUCACGAGGGAGGGAGAUCUCAUAAAGGCAGAUGAUGUUCUGGAUUUGAAUAACAGUGAUCUGAUUGCUUGUACAGUCAUAACAAAGGAUGGGGGUCAAGUUCAAAGAUUCCUGGCUGUGGAUAUUUACCAGAUGAGUUUGGUUGAACCAGAUGUUGCCAGACUCGGAUGGGGAGUAGUUAAGUUUGCAGGCCUUCUGCAGGAUAUGCAGGUGACCGGAGUAGAGGAUGACAGCAGAGCCCUGAACAUAAUCAUUCACAAGCCUGCCUCAAGUCCUCAUUCGAAGCCCUUCCCGAUCCUCCAGGCCACGUUUAUUUUUGCAGAUCACAUUCGCUGUAUCAUCGCCAAGCAGCGUCUGGCCAAGGGCCGCAUCCAGGCUCGGCGCACCAAAAUGCAGAGAAUAGCAGCUCUCCUGGAUCUUCCUGUUCAGCCUUCAGCUGAAGUUAUGGGUUUUGGACACAGCUCUGGAGCUGCAGCCCAGCACCUCCCAUUUAGAUUCUAUGACCAAUCCCGGCGUGGGAGCAGUGACCCGACAGUGCAGCGCUCUGUCUUUGCAUCUGUUGACAAAGUCCCAGGCUUUGCUGUAGCUCAGUGCAUAAAUCAGCACAAUCCAUCCCCGCUCUCAUCACCAUCCCCUUCCAGUGGCAGUGGCAGCACAGGGCGCUGUGAUUCAGUGACUGCAAGCUCGACAUCCACUCCUUCUGCUGCUCAGAGCCCAGCAGGUCUGGCAGGAAAGGACGCCGGCGGGUGUUUAGUCUGUCGGAGGCUGACAGUCACGGUGGACACUGGGUUUAGUCCUUCCAGCAGCAGCUGCAGCAGAAACUCCCGCAAUACCCACUCAGACGAUGCUUCAGUUCCAGAGCAGCCUCCGAUGGCCAGUCAGACAAUGCUGACUGAUGAAACUCUUUCAGCUGUUUCAAAGUCUGGCAAAAAUGCUGUAAAAGCCAGUGACAUAGCAACAGCCAGCCUGUCUCCCAGCCUGAUUCCUGCACAGCAGCCCACGAUAUCCUUAAUCACAGAUGACAACACGGACACGCUGAGCGUGGAGUCGCUCACCCUGGUGCCACCAGUUGAUCCACACAGCAUUCGAACAUUCAGCUGCAUCCCUCAGGCCUCUCUGCAGGCUGAAGCUGACAUGGUGAAAGAGGUAGUGGGAGAAUAUUCUGACUAAAGCCACCAUGCAGACUGUAAUAAACUAUGAGGGAAAUGCAACCAAAUUGUGAUUUGUUUUUUCACUGGGAGUGCAGAUACUUCUGGAGGCCUCAGAGGCCUCAGAUCCACACAAAGGGACCAACUGGUGACAGAGAUUGUCAGCAGCUUUGAGAGCCAACUUUGGAUACUCAGCAUAUCUGAACUGGAGAAGAGAGAAAACCCCCGAACUUUUGAACCUGGACUGGUUCUUUCCUACCAGUUUCUGUUAUACAAGAACAUGCAAGUAUUUCAGAGGAUCUAUUGUCUUUCUAAAAGAAACUAAUUAAUUGUAUAAGGUCUACAGUAUUAUGGCAAAGUGAAGACACUUUUGGAUACCCAGCUUCAUGGUACUGCAUUAUUACGUCUCUGAAAUGAGAGACGUGCCAUUGACCAGAAAAAAUUUAUAUUAUAGGACAGAGGUAAAACUUCCUUUUGAGUCAAGGUGUGUUUUUUCAGUUUGUUUGGUUUGGGGCUUUUUUUUUUUUUU